AUGGCGGGAAUUGCUGCUGCAGAACCCGCGGAUGCCUCGAUUCAACAUGACACGAUCACUGCCAACAAUGGCCCUCACAACUCUUACGACCAUCCUUCGAUAACACACGAUAAUCUCCGCGGUCCAUCGAAAACACGCCAUUCCACGGACUCCCCUCCACAAGCACGGCUUGCACGACACAAUCCGGUGAACGGAGCUACGUUGUCUCGGACGUCCUCUGCUGCAGGCUCUGGACGGGGUCAUGUAAAUGACACCAACUAUCUGGCUCCUAACGCGGGACGCAAGGAGAACAGCCUCAGCCGCACCCACAGCGAAGCAGAUAGCUUGUUGGACCUCUACAACCGCGAUUCCGGUAACCGCAGCGUCUCAAGCGUCCUAGAUGCCUCAGAGAGAAAGGAAGACAAGCCGUUCUACCAAAUCGAGGCUGAAGACCCCGAGCAUGCCCAGUGGAUACACCGCGACAAGCUUGCGAGGAUCGAGAGCGAGGAACUGCAGCAGUUUGGUAUCCGUCUGCCUGCAUCGUUUACCGGUAGCAAGAGAGGUCGGGGCCGUAGCAACGACUCUCACAACGGGACUAAUGGGGUUACGCCGGAACAGAACGAGCAGUGGCCUACUCUCACGGAGGAAGAGGCAGAAAAACAGCACAAGCGAGUUAUCUCGGCUGAUACAAAGGGUGAUGAGGCCAUACCUUUGGAAGCUGACGAAGAUGAGAUGAUGACAUUCGAUCCACGGCGUCCGGAGGAGAUAGCAGCGGACCAGGACGAGUAUGACGGCGUAUAUAGGCUGCCCGGGCUACGGAAGAGCUCGUCUCGGAUCCCCGUCCUGGCAUCAAGCCAUCAUCCCAUACCGCAGGAGCAUCUCGAACGCGGCGUCCCACUGCCUCGCACACGGAACAAUACCCUCGACAGCGGUAACGAAGACAGCAUCGUCUACCCCAAAACUCGCCGACCAAGCGAAUCUGCCUUCCGCGAUCGAGAAACAACCCCAGACUCUGACAUAAAACCAGAUAUCACCACCCAGGACAGCAACAACACCGGCACCUCUCACCCUUCCCCAUCUAAAGCAAAAACGCCUUCCAAGGCAGCACCAACAGGCCGGAAAUCAUCUCAACCACCCAACAACCGUAAAACUUCUGUAAGCCAGAAGCCCAAGACCCCGAACAGCAACCACACCGGCAGCAGCACCAACAGCACUCCCAAUGCCCGCCCAGGCACACGGUCAGGCGAGAACCGACCUCAAAGCGGCGCCAGUGCGGCAAUCAACAGGCCCGAUAGCGACCCCCCAUGGCUGGCAACCAUGUAUAAACCGGACCCGCGCCUCCCUCCCGACCAACAAGUCAUACCAACCCACGCCAAACGCAUGCAGCAAGAACAGUGGGAGCGCGAGGGUAAAGUCCCAGCCAUUUACGGCCGUGAUUUCUCCCCUCUCACCGUCCAGACGUACGAUAGCAACGGGUCGGCCGUCAAGCCUCUCCCUGAGCCUAACCUAGCGCAAGAACAAGACAAUCAACAGACACAGCCGCUGGAAGCGCUAUCACCGACAAAACCACCUUCCACAAGAGUCAAGAGUCCUGAUCCCGCCAAUGGGUAUAAGACCGUCCCCAGCGCGCAGUCGGCAGCGUCAGCCCAAGCCAAACUGAACUCGACCUCGAACUCGGCUCGUCCUCGGCCGGUGGAAGUGGAAGAUCCGCAUAUAAAGGACAAGAGUUGCGGAUGCUGCAUUGUCAUGUAG